AUGCCGACGGCCGCUCGUUUGCAGAAAAUCAGGGAACAUCAAUUAUGUUUUAAUUGUUUGGGUGAUGGUCACAGAAAUCGAGAGUGUACCUUCGGACCUUGCCGAAAGUGCGGCAAGAAGCAUAAUUCUCUGAUUCAUUUAGACAACCCAAGUGUAAAUACCACAGGGUCGUUGCAGGUACAAGUUACAGGUGCUCCUACUGAAGGUUUAAAGCAGGUAGAAAAUUCCACGCAACCGAGCGAAGGCACGUCAAGUCCUUCAGAGGUCAUAAACCAAUCAUUAACAGCUCGCGUCAUACAAAAAGGGACAAAGGUAACAAUAUUAUCUACAGCCAAAUUAUAUAUUUAUGAUUGCCGUGGACAAAGGCAUGAAUGUAGAGCACUUUUGGACUCAGGAUCUGAACCGCAUAUUAUGACUACCGCAUUAUUCAAUCGUUUAGGACUUUCAAAAACAAGAAGCAACCUCGCUCUUACGGGUAUUGAACAAGGAUCAGUACACGUAAAUUAUGUAGCCACAAUGAAAAUCGGUUCCCGGACUACUAACUUCUCAGCAACCAUCACUUGUGUUGUAUUAGACAAAAUAAGCAGUAAUAUUCCCAGUACACAUAUUAACACAACGGAUAUACAGAUACCAAAGGGUUUGGAAUUGGCUGAUCCAGAUUAUAAUUGUUCUGGACCAGUAGAUUUAAUUAUAGGUGCUUCAUUAUUUUUGCGACUCCUCUCAGUAGGGCAAAUCUUCAUUAAAAAUACUGAAUUAGUUCUCCAUAAAACUGUACUUGGAUGGAUUAUUGCCGGGAAUAUAUGUCUCAAUUCUCCGAGGAAAUUAAUAUGUAAUUUAGUUAAGAAUCAGGAUUUAGAUAAUCAACUUGAACGUUUUUGGAAGCUGGAGCAUUGUUUUAUACCAACUAAUUCAACCACAAAAACAAAGGACUAUAGUGAACAACAUUUUAUUCAAAGUGCAAAACGAGAUGAAACCGGACGUUUCAUAGUUAGCAUCCCAUUUAAGAAUAAUGUAUCAGAAUUAGGAGAUUCUCUGAAAGGAGCAGAAAAAAGAGUCUAUGCCAUGGAACGGAAACUAUCAAAAAAUCCAGAACUCAAGAAACAAUAUACCGCCUUUAUGGAAGAAUACGAAGCACUUGGACACAUGACUGAAAUAUCGCCAUCGAAGUACACAAAUACAUCGCAUUUUUAUUUACCACAUCACGCAGUCGUUAAGGAAGACAGUACAACAACCAAGCUACGUGUUGUUUUUGAUGGCUCGUCGAAGAGUUCCUCAUCAUUGUCACUUAACGAUGUGCAACACAUUGGACCAACAGUACAGGAUGAUCUUUUUACAAUAUUGGUACGGUUUAGGAAACAUAGUUUUGUAUUAUCCGCGGACAUUGCAAAAAUGUACAGGCAGAUUUUGGUUAACGAGCGUGAUAGAGCAUUCCAAUUAAUUUUAUGGCGAUCAGACAUCAACACGCCAAUGAAACAUUACGAAUUGAAUACCGUGACUUAUGGCACGGCUUCUGCACCAUUUUUAGCAACGCGUUGUUUGCAACAACUGAGUGACGAAUUAAGGGAAAAGGAUCCAGUUACAAGUCAUGUUAUACGUCAUGAUUUUUAUGUGGACGACUUGUUAACUGGCACGGAUAGCGUUGAUGACGCAAUUAGAUUAAAAACUAAUUUAUCGAACACUCUGAGUUCAGCAGGGUUUGAAUUAAGGAAAUGGGCCAGUAACGACCUUCGCCUUGUAACAGGCAAUAAGAACGCCCCCAAGGAGGCAAUUCCUUUGUUGGAUAAGGACCCCAAAACGCUAGGAUUAUUUUGGGAUCCUGCUACUGAUGUACUGAAAUACAAUGUAAAGUACCUAGAUUAUAAAAGAAUUACCAAACGUACUGUAACGUCGAUAAUAGCGCAGAUAUUCGAUCCUCUUGGACUUGUUGGUCCAACUGUAAUUAAGGCAAAAAUUAUAUUGCAGAAAUUAUGGGAACUCCGACUUGAUUGGGAUGAAUCUCUGCCUCAGGAGCUACAUACAUUGUGGCAAAGUAUUUAUAAGGAAUUAAAAAAUAUUAAUAAUAUAAGCAUACAGCGUCAUGUUAUAGAUAAGAACGUUAGUCAGUUACAGUUUCAUGGAUUUUGCGAUGCUUCAGAAUCGGCAUAUGGAGCAUGUAUUUAUAUUCGGACUCGAACUAGGAAUAAUAAAUUUAUAGUUCAUUUAUUAUGUGCGAAAUCGAGAGUAGCACCAUUAUUGUCUAAUUGCUAA